GACCAAUAGUAUUUGAGGACCAAAGCCAAAUUUGAUUUGAGAUCCAGUAUAGAUCCAUUACCUUGCAAAGUACCACAAAUCCCAAAUGUCCAACUUUGAUUGCUUGCAUGUUGUGCAAUUAGCAUCCUCAUUCACGGUUUACUUACAGCCCAACAUUAUAUUGAACAUAUUGUGAAAUGUGUCGCUUGACUCUCAUGCUUUUCAUAUUAGUUAUUAGAUAAAUAUUAGAGUUAGCACCCGUGAAGUGGACAUGGAGGUGGUCUCAAUUUUCAAGAAAGAGGACAGGAUCAAUUUAUCAAGGGAUCCCAAUUGUCCAUCAACCUUGGAAAGAGAAAACUAUUUUUCACUGAGUUUAGGAAAAGAACAAUAAACAUCACACAAUAUGAAUGAAUUACAAAUGCAAAUGUGAAACAGUCAGAUUGUCCCAGAGCUGAUGAGCGUAGAAACUAUGGCUCCUCCACUUGUUCAGUUAUGGUACUGGGAGCAGUGGGUAAACAGGUUUCUCAUGACCUGAUGGGUCAACAAACACCAGCAACUCUGAAAUGAACCUAGGCCCAAUACCAGCACAUUACUUUAACAUGAUAUUAUUUUAUUCACAGGGGAUCCGUGCAGGUAUUUAAAGGUUGGUGUAGAACUAUCCCUUUUUCUUGCUCAGAACAGUUUGAGAUAAAGGUUCAGUUUCAUGUUGCUUGAGGUACUUCUAUCCAGGACUACUGACUACCUGGGCAUCAAUCUGGUAGUUGUAUGCCCAGAGUCAGACCUGUGUCCACAUUCUCAGCACAAGUCCCAGUCCAAGUUCCUUUCUUGUCACUAAAAUUGUUUUUUGUUAUCAUAGACAAGAGCUCAAGACACCGUCAUUGAAAAACUUGUGUCUGCUUUGGAUCUUAGCUCGGUUUUUUGCAGAUGAUGGGGUUCUAUUUUCAUCUUCAAACCAUGACCUUCAGAGUGUAUUUAUGUAGUUUGUGGAUGAGCAUGAAGCAGCCCUUCAAGUCCGAAGCCAUGGGUCUCAACCAGGAAAAGGUGAAUUGUUUCCUCCUGCUUUGAGGUCAGAUUUUGGCUCAGCGUGGGGGUCCUUGUUAACAAAAGAUGGAACAGGAUAUUGAUAGUUGGAUUCAAGCCUCAUCUGUGUAAGGGUGGGCCCUGCUUCAGUUGGCUGUGGUGAAAGAGGCGAGUCAAAAAGUAAAGGUCUUGUCUUUCUGGGUGACAUGAGACAAUGGCGUAUCAAUCUAAAUAUCGAUACUAUCAAUAUUGUUAUUGGUAAUGUCAAUAUUUAUGAGGCUGAUGCUUUUGUUUGCAGUUUCCCUCCUGAAUGUUCAGCAAAUUACUCAUGCCAGUGCAUAUGCAGGAAUUAAAAUGGCAAAAAUCAAGAGCUCACAUUUUCAGUUUGAGAGCAGGAUUUCAUACUUUUGCUAUGUUUGCUUUCAAAACGUCUGCUUUCUUUCAAACACAAUCUGUUCACUAACCCCCAUAAGUGCAACAUCACUCCAGCACUGUCUGCGCAAACAGCACACACCUGUCGUGGCUCACAGUGUAAUCUGUGAUCAGAGUUGCAAUUUUAGCAUACCAAUUAAACUAUUAGUAUCUAUUCAGGCAGCUGCAAAAAAUCUUACUGAAAUCAAAAAUAUACACUUAUGUAAAGCUUUAUACCCCAAACCUGAAAUAGUUCACACACUUUUGUGUGGGGAAAUAGUAUUGAGGUUACAUGCAGAUUACAGUAACAGACUCUGUUAUCCCAAGAAACAACUGUAUGUAGUAGAAAGAAAUAUUUUUAUUUCAUUACUGCUACAAUGUAUUAUAUUGCAGUUAGUUCAUAAAAUCACCUUUGACCUGCAUUUUAUCAUAAUGAUGAUCAACUAACUGAAAUCAUAUCAAUACCAAAAUUUCUUGUAUCACACACCGCUAAUGGAUUAUGAAAUAGUGAGAUCCUGGAUACAAUGAUGCGGAGUGACCCUCUCCUCUUCAGUGUGGAUGGAAGGUGAGGACCUCUGGGAAAGCUGAGCUCAAGGAGGCUGCUACUCUGCAUCAAAUAGAACCAGUACGGCUGGUUCAAGCAUAAAACAAAGAUGUCUCCUGAACUCCUCCUUUUUGAAGAACCAACGGCAGAACCACAUUUAUAUAUCCCAUCCGGCCAGGAGACAUCUUGGGAUGAAUUGGAUUUAUUUGGUAGGAGAGUGUUUGUAGGAAAAAGGGAUGUCAGCAUUUCCUACCUGGAGCUGUUACUCCAGCAACCAGAUCUCAGAUAAGCUUGACGAUGGACGGUUGGACGCACAGACAGAUGGAUGGCAGUAAAUAAAUAAUAGUAAUUAAUGGAUUUUUCAUUUUGUCUGGACUGCAGUAUAACAUUAUUAUGCAAGCUCAGUGAAAUUAGAAAGAAGGGGUCAAGUUAAACUUGCUUUGCCCACCAGGACCAGAGCAGAAACACCAGUUGUGUAUGAAUACUUUGCAGAAAACAAUGUGCUUGAACUUCUACAGACACAACCACAUAAAUACAACUGUAGAAACAUGGAAUUAUCACUGUUAAGAUCGUAAUAAUAUUCAAAUUUCAGCAGAAUUGUGAUUUAAAGAAUUUUUAAUUUUUGUAACGUUUUAUUCAGAAAAAUGUCAAUAUUCUGUUUGAGAAGCCAAAUGCUCUCUGGGGUUCCCUGCAGGACAGGAAGCCCAGAGCAGCAGGUUUGUUUUCGUGAGCCAGACUCUGGCUGGCCUUACGCUAAUGACAGAGAUGGAUAAACUCUACCUUGAAGACUUCGCUGAGAUCACUGCAUGAAUGAGAUUUAAGAGCCUGUCAAUUUAGACGCUAUAAUUGUCAUAAUUGUCCUCAUCAACGCUGUGGUUGUCAUUAUUAUCAUUCGGUUGUCGUGCUGGGCCUCUCUAAACCUGCGUAUGGUUAAUUAGUUCAAAUCAUAGCUGUCCAAAUUAGGCUCUUUCUUCCGCACAAGUCAAAUUGUUCAAAUCAUGAUGAGGGAAUACUAAAAAAAUACAAUGGAAGGUAAUGUACGUGCAAAUCUCCGGUUAAGCAACAUGUUCAAUGAGCUUAAACAUCCAGGUGAGAUUUGAAUGAGGUUCCUACAGUAGACAAGAGAGAACGAGAGACAAAGAAACCAAAGCACUAGUUUCUAGUCAUCAAGUUUUUAGCUGGCAACUACAAGACCAAGCAUCAGAUUUGAAAGUCAUUAGGUCAUAUUUCACAAUCGUGUGAAUUAUAUGUGGCUCAUAGCUUUACUGGACUGGAAUCAAUAUGUCAUCUCAGGGUGGAGGCUGGAUGCCAGUCACUCUGCAGCGAUACAUCUCUUUCGGCUGGCUGUAUUUCUAAUAAGAGUGGAUCUGUCUUUAACACAGCCGAGCCACCGAAGGACGAAGCCACUUCUCCUCAAUCUGUUACCUUGCAGCUGAGUGACAGAGGAUGACAGCACAUCUGCCUGUGAGCAGCAGCAUCAGCAGCAGCAGCCUUAGCAGCAGCCAGCCCAGCAUACCGCAGCAUUAAAAAACUGGAAAAGGGAAAAAACAGCAACAUAAAGAAGAAACCCCGGAAGGGACAGAAGGGAGAAAAAAAACAGCAACGGCAGUGAAAGUAAGUCAGGUCUCCAUAUAAGGUCUCUCAGCAAGUGUUGGAACAUUAACAGAAGGAAAGACCAUGGAGCCAAAUGUGACAGAAAGCCAUGGAACGGACAAUGUUGCAUUCCAAUUAGAGGUAAGCAAAAAUCUUUUAUAUGUCUUAGUGUUUUGCCCCAAAAUAAUUUGAAUCUACCUCCAUGCACCAGAAAAUUCUGUUUUUGUUGGUUUCUGAUUCUUUUAAGUUUGGCUCUUUGGCUCCACAAAAUAUAAAUACUGAUAUGAAUAUGUCUAGCAGUUCCUAAAAUGUGAUUUGUAAAAGGGUGUUUUAGUGUGGUUUCAGUACUAUCCUCAAUUUGCUUCAGAUUUUUAAUGCUCCAAGCACCUGUUCUUCUGCAAACACUGUGAAUGUGGGGGGAAAAAACGGUCUUCAUGUGCAAUGAAUUAUUUUCAGUGUUCAUCUGUCUGUGUGAUAAAAACAGGAUCAGAUAAACCUUGAUAUUGAAUGUGCCUUCAAAGAGACAAACAAUUCACAUGAGACGACAGACCACCAGAGGAAAUGGUUUGUGAUUUGUCCUUUGUUGAUAUUUGCCAAACAUGCAAUAUCUCUUCAUGUCUUAUAAAUGGCCAGCCUUUCUGUUGUUCCUUCAAGAUAACAUUUAUGUCCCCUUUUCCUUGCCUCCCUUGUCAUCUGUCUUGUUUUUGUGAGUCCAGCUUGCUGGAGAGGAAGUUGGAGGCAGUCCAGGUCUGCUUGGCAGAGUACAAAGACCAGGUACUAUGACCAUGGCUUUGGGAGCAGGCUUCAUUUCCAUGGUGGUAGCAGCAUGUGUUCUGAACUUCCAGAGGGCUGUCGGGCUACUGGUCAUCUCCUUGGCAACCAUCUUUUUCCUGGUUUGGGAUUGGAUAAUGGAGCAAUAUGGUGACUGUAUGUGGGAGACUCUCUCUCCUACCAGACACCUCCUUAGUAAAAACUGGUUUUGGAUCAGAUGAUGUUUCAGUCAUUCGCAGAUGCUGGAUCUCAGUUUGUGUUUGGUGAUAGUUACACUGAUCACUUCUUUGCCUUUAGGGUGAUGCCCAUCGUGGUAUUUUUGAGCUCCGUCAUCUCCAUCCUCUACUAUGUUGGCUUCAUGCCCUGGCUCAUCUGCAAGAUUGGAUUUGUAAUGCAGGUUAUCAUGGGGACAUCCCCAGCAGAGUCAAUGGCUGCAGCUGGGAACAUUUUCCUUGGAAAUACUGAUGCAGCUCUCCUGAUUCGUCCUUACAUCAGUGAGCUAACUGUCUCUGCGAUACACGCUGUGAUGUCAGGAGGCUUUGCCAGCAUUUCUGGUUCCAUUUUGGGAGCAUUUAUUUCCCUUGGGGUAGAUGCAACACACUUGCCAACAGCAACAUUAAUGUCUGCUCCAGCUUCUCUGGCCAUCGCCAAAAUUUUCUGGCCUGAAAAGGAGAAGACCGUUUCAAUAUUCAAUGAUGACCUUAAACUGAUCAAAGGAGAAUGAAAACAUGCUGGAAGCAGCAUCCCAAGGUGCAGCUCGCGCUGUAGGUGUGAUAGCAAACAUCAUUUCCAAUAUUAUUGCCUUCUUAGCCUUGCUUGCCUUUUUCGAUGCCGUCCUUUCAUGGCUGGGUGGGAUGUUUGACUGCCCACAGCUCAGCUUCUCGGUAACCUAAGUGCAGCACAAAUACAGACUUUUCACUGAAUACAUCAGGGAUUAACAAGUCUCCCGUCUCUUUACCUGCUCAGCUCAUUUGCUCCUAUAUCUUCAUGCCUCUGGCCUAUAUCAUGGGCGUUUCCUGGGAGGACAGU